GCAGCUCACGGAUCUCCGGCCGCGGAUCUCCGGCUCUCCCGCUCACUGUCGGCCCGUUUCUCCUCUUUUUAUAUGCGUUUCAGCACUAAAGGUAGCCAGGCGAGUCAUCCACGGGGGUGUCCUAGAUCGUAGACGCUUCGUUGUUGUUUCGCAGGAGGGAGCCGUUAGCUUCGUGAGCAUGGCGGAGGUCCCUGGUCCGUCCAGCGAGACGAUAACGGAGACGGUGCCGACGGCCGCGCCUCCUCCGCCGCCUCAGCAGGAGGGGAGAAGCUUGACCAUCAAGCUUCGAAAGAGGAAGACUGAGAAAAAGGUUGAGUGGUCCAGUGACACGGUGGACAACGAGCAUUUGGGUAGGAGGUCCUCGAAGUGUUGUUGUGUUUACGAGAAGCCUCGGCAGUUUGGCGAAUCCUCCACGGAGAGCGAGGGAGAGGACGAAGAAGGCUGCGGCAGCGCACACUGCAUUCUGGGACACGGGAGAGCUCAUGGACAGAGAGGGAGCGGCGGGGCUACGGCGCCCCCUGGCUCCGGGGGUUCAAACCCUCACUAAUCAGGAGUGAGAGGGAAGUUAUUUGGUGGGAAAAAGUAAAGGGCAGGGUGGACGACACGUUCAUAAUUUUACAUCCAGCUACUCACAUUGAAUUCAGUCACCGCAUUGCUGUUUCAGAUAGAGAUUUGAUGGGCGGAAGCUUGUAGGUAAAUGCAGGAAGACACUUUUUUUCUUUUUUUUUUCCUUUUUCUGCUAUCUCUUAAUGUGACUAGUAGGAAGAGUUGACAGUUCUUGCCAUCUGAAUGCUGUGGAAGUUUUGGGUUUGUUGUACAUAGGACAGUUGAUUUUUAUUUCUUUUUGUAAAGUUAUUUAUUUGUCUUAAACAUUCACACAAGAUCAUACCAAUUCUGUCUCCUCCCAUACUUUUUCUUUUAAUGCCAGUAAAAAGGAUCUAGAGCCCUAACGAAGCUUGAGCCAGUGAUUUUGUAGUGUAAGGCCUGUCUUAGUAAACGUCUCGCAACAUCCAGCCGGCAAGCAGAUGCUUCUGAAGGUUAGAACAGGGUUCCGACCAAGGUUCCGAGUAGGGCUAUACAAUAUGGCCAAAAUAUGGUGUUGCUGAUAUAUUGAUAUAUUGGGGGGGGGGUUUAAAUUCACAGUGUGUUAAUUCACACAGUGUGGGCUAAGUGAGCACCUGAAAUACAGUAAUACAUUUCCAUUAGCUAAAGUCGUGAGAUAAAUAGCAUGAUUUGGUCUUUAAUGAGCCAGACUGGCAUUUAAAAUUAUUCAAUGAAUCAGUUGCCUGUUUAAAUAACAUACAAAGUAAAUAAGUCCUUCAUUGAAAGCAAGAGGCAACUGGCUUUUAGUACAAUGAGUCAUUUUGACGCAAGUGCAGCAGCAGCAUUCACACAAGUGCAAACACCCUACACUAUAGUCCAUGGGCAAGACUCCUAACACUACCCUCACCCAUCUGUGUAAAAUGGUCAAAUUGUAAGUUCACAAUGCAUAAGAGUGUCAAAUGCCAUAAAUGUAAAUGUGCUCUUGAAGCACAGAACAUUGAGGCAAUGCCAGGUUACUGCACUAAUGUGCUCUGGAAAUAUAUUAAAUUUUGUUAUCAGCUCUGAUUUCCCAUAUCGUAGCAUCCCUACCAAAAUGAAUAACUAUUUUUAAAAGAGGUAAAAUAAUUAAAUGAUGCCACAUUUAAUUGGUUGGAUAGUGGUUGGAUAGUGUAGUGGUUAACACCUCUGCCUUCUAUGCUGUAAACUGGGGUUCAAUCCCCACCUGGGCAAACACCCUACACUAUACCAAUAAGAGUCCUUGGGCAAGACUCCUAACACCACCUUCGCCUACCUGUGUAAAAUAAUCAAACUGUAAGUCACUCUGGAUCUGGAGCAUCUGCCAAAUUUUGAAAAGGCCAACACUGCAAUAAGGAGUAUGGAUAUAUUGUGUAGCCCUAGUUGUUGGUCCGAAACCUUGAUAAAGGUUUUAUAACCCAAAGGGCAAAGAACGGAACCUUUUCAGACUAUUGAAAAUAGUAUUGCUGUUGGAGGCGACACGGAAGAUAGGAUUAUUUACGCUUCUAAAGACGUAAUGCAGUGCUUUUUCAUGAUUCUUGAGAUGAUCUAAGUGAUUUUUACUGAGUGCGUGAACGAAUUGUGUUUUCUCUCGCGAUGCACGUCACGCGGCGAGAGCCUUUCACUCAUCCACAUGAGCACAGUGAAUAAUUUCCUCCAUCCGUCAUCUCAUUUAAUAGCAUCACUACUGAUUCUGUUCUACUUAGACAAUCAGAGUAUAACCACGAGAUAUGAUUAAAGGCACCGUGCAUGUAUAUAGAACAAGCAGGAAGCUUCACCAUGGCUGCUCUUUCAGGGGAAGAAACGGAGCUAAAAGGGGACUGAAAUCGAAAAACGUUUCGGUGUUGAUUAAAAUUGGCAAACACAUCAGUUUAUGAGCGAUCUGUGAGGUUAAAGGGAGCAAAGGCUUCGAACAUCAACACAGGUGAUUAGUACUGCAAGAGAAAUGAUGUAAUAUUCCAGUGAUGUCAGCAUGAUGUCAAUAAUAAAGUGAUUUUAAAAGAA